CUGCCCCGCCUGCGGCCUCGGCCCUGCGCCGCUCGUCCGCCUCGCGCUCUCCGCCGCGCGCGGGGAGCUCACGGCCCGGGCCAUGCCGAGCCGCCGCGUCGCCAGAACGACCGCCGCGUCGGAGCUGGGGGGCCUGGGGUCCACUGACCUCUCCUCGCUGUCUCUCGCCGUUCACAGGAGCUCAGAUGAACUGGAAAUCAUUGACGAGUACAUCAAGGAGAACGGCUUCGGCCUGGAGGGGGCGUCGCACGGCCUGGUCGAGGGGUCGAUCCGCAUGGUGUCCCGGGGGUCCACCACGCUUAGCACCGUCACCCUGGGUGCCCCGGUCCCUCCAGCCACCCCGCCGCCCCCACCACCGCCCUGGGGCUGCCAGCUCGGCCGGCUGCUGCCCCCCACGCCGGGCCCGGGCCCGCGGCCACACCUGGUCAUCACCGAGCAGCCGAAGCAGCGCGGCAUGCGCUUCCGCUACGAGUGCGAGGGUCGCUCGGCCGGCAGUAUCCUGGGGGAGAGCAGCACGGAGGCCAGCAAGACCCUGCCGGCCAUCGAGCUCCGUGACUGUGCAGGGCUGCGCGAGGUGGAGGUGACGGCGUGCCUGGUGUGGAAGGACUGGCCGCACCGGGUGCACCCCCACAGCCUGGUGGGCAAGGACUGCACAGAUGGUGUCUGCAGGGUGCGCCUCCGGCCUCACGUCAGCCCCCGGCACAGCUUUAACAACCUGGGCAUCCAGUGUGUGAGGAAGAAGGAGAUCGAGGCCGCCAUCGAACGCAAGAUUCAGCUGGGCAUCGAUCCCUACAAUGCUGGGUCCCUGAAGAACCACCAGGAGGUGGACAUGAACGUGGUGAGGAUCUGCUUCCAGGCCUCGUAUCGGGACCAGCAGGGGCAGUUACGCCACAUGGAACCAGUGCUGUCAGAGCCCGUGUAUGACAAGAAGUCCACCAACACAUCAGAGCUGCGCAUCUGCCGGAUCAACAAGGAGAGCGGGCCUUGCACGGGCGGCGAGGAGCUGUACCUGCUGUGCGACAAGGUGCAGAAAGAGGACAUCUCGGUGGUGUUCAGCACAGCCUCCUGGGAAGGCCGCGCCGACUUCUCUCAGGCCGACGUGCACCGCCAGAUCGCCAUCGUGUUCAAAACCCCACCCUACGAGGACCUGGAGAUCGCCGAGCCUGUGACCGUGAAUGUCUUCCUGCAGCGGCUCACUGACGGCGUGUGCAGUGAGCCGCUGCCCUUCACCUACCUGCCCCGUGACCAUGACAGCUACGGCGUGGACAAGAAGCGGAAGCGGGGCAUGCCGGAUGUCCUCGGCGAGCUCAGCAGCUCUGACCCCCAUGGCAUUGAGAGCAAACGGAGGAAGAAGAAGCCAGCCUUCCUGGACCAGUUCCUGACUGGCCAUGGCUCAGGCACAUUCCUUUCGCCCUCGGCCCUGUGUCUACCGGACACAGACUUCUUCCCUGGCACUGUGUCCCUACCCGGCAUGGAGCCCCCCGGGGGGCCUGACCUCCUGGAUGACGGCUUUGCCUACGACCCCGGGGCCCCCUCGCUUUUUACCAUGUUGGACCUGCUGCCCCCACAGCCGCCCCUGGCCAGUGUGGUGGCUGGUGGCGGCAGCAGUGGUGGUGGGGGUCCAGGGGCUGCGAUGGGGGAGACCCCAGGCCCUGAGCCGCUCACACUGGACUCGUACUCUGCCCCAGGCCCAGGAGAUGGAGGCACAGCCAGCCUGGUGGGCAGCAACAUGUUCCCCAACCAGUACCGUGAGGCGGCCUUUGGGGGUGGCCUUCUGUCCCCAGGGCCUGAAGCCACGUAGCCCCUUGCGGUGCCAGAAUUGAGGUGCUGGGUGGGGAGGGAGGUGGUGGGGGUGGGGGUAGGGGAGCGUGCAGACCCCAACCAGGGUCCCAGCACCCUCAUCCCCUGGGGCCACCCGUGGUCAAGUCUUCCGACCUCCUGCCCCUUCUGAAUCGGAGGUCUUCCAAGCUAGUGAGGGGCUUCCAAGCCCGGGUUUCCCUCGGAACCCGUUUUAUAAAGAAGGAAACGGGUUCGCAGGGAAAGGGGGCCUGCCACCUGCCCCUCCACGCUGUAUUCUGACAAGAUUGUACAUAUGGUGGGGGCAGCUCUCCCCCACCCCGCCGCGAAGGUGAGGGGGGAGGAGGGGUGCCGGUUGUUUCUUCAGUCUUCCCAAUAAAGAUAGUUUUGGAACC